GCAUCUGCAAUAUCAAGCGAAACGAGGGAAAAAAGAGGGAUGAACGCCAUGUCUGAUCCCGCCGUGGAGGAGUGAAAAAGAGGGGGAAAGAUUACAACCGAGGAGAGAGGAAAAGCGUUUGCGGCGGUUGGAGGUGAUUAAGUCGGUGCAGGGUAAGAGGCGAGUCCCGGGGCCCGGACAUGGCGGAGAACACCGCGGGAAGUGCGCACGGCUCGGCGGCGGCCAAGGCACAGCUCCGCUCCUCACCGCGCCUCAAGAAACUCGAGAAACUCGCCGUGUACUCUUCCUGCAAGGCUGAAGGAGCUUGUAAGUGUAAUGGUUGGAAGAGUCAAAACCCACCUCCUACUCCUCCACCUCCAACCCCACCAAGGGCUGAGCAGCCAAACUCUGUUAAUUUGCUGGAGCCUUGCAGGAGUUGCAGCCACCCUUUAGGAGAUCAUGUAACACAUCUGGAGAACGUAUCAGAAGACGAGAUGAACAGGUUACUGGGCAUCGUGCUGGACGUGGAGUAUCUCUACACGUGCGUCCACAAAGAGGAGGACGCUGACACUAAGCAAGUUUACUUCUCUCUCUUUAAGCUGCUAAGGAAAUGCAUCCUGCAAAUGGGGAGGCCUGUGGUGGAGGCUUUAGAGAGUCCACCAUUUGAGAAACCCAACAUUGAGCAGGGAGUGAAUAACUUUGUACAGUACAAGUUCAGUCACCUACCAUCUAAAGAGCGACAGACCAUUGUGGAACUGGCCAAGAUGUUCCUCAACCAGAUUAACAUCUGGCAGCUGGAGACACCAUCGCAGAGACGACAGCAUGUUCCCGUCGAUGACGCAGCUGGAUACAAAAUCAACUACACAAGGUGGCUGUGCUACUGUAACGUGCCACAGUUUUGUGACAGUCUCCCGCGCUACGAGGCCACACAGAUCUUUGGGCGAACUCUGCUGCGUUCUGUCUUCACCAUCAUGAGAAAACAGCUGCUGGAGCAGGCCAGGCAGGAGAAGGACAAACUGCCUCCUGAGAAACGAACACUCAUCCUUACACACUUCCCCAAAUUUCUGUCUAUGUUGGAGGAGGAGGUAUACAGUCCAAAUUCUCCUAUCUGGAUUGAAGACUCCAUGGGUGGAGCUUCAGGGGGACAUAUCCCUAGAGUAAUCAGUGCACCACAGGUAACACGGCCACUCUACUGCACCACUACGUCCUCCCCUGCUGGUCUGACAGGAACAGGCAGCAUGAGUCCAGUACGCAAAACUACCUCCGCUCUGGAACCUUGCGCAGUUGGAGACAAGCGAAAGUCCUCUGAGAUGUUGUCUCAUGAGGAUAGUAAGAAAGCUCGGGCAAUGGGAGACAUUCCAAUGGAGCUGAUUAACGAGGUCAUGUCCACAAUCACAGAUCCUGCUGCCAUGCUUGGACCGGAGACCAGCCUUCUCUCAGCUCACUCUGCACGGGAUGAAGCUGCACGCCUGGAAGAGAGACGAGGAGUGAUAGAGUUUCAUGUCAUUGGUAACUCCCUCAACCAGAAGCCUAACAAGAAGAUUUUGAUGUGGCUGGUGGGCCUUCAGAAUGUUUUCUCUCACCAGCUGCCCCGAAUGCCCAAAGAGUACAUCACACGCCUUGUCUUUGACCCAAAACACAAGACUCUGUCUCUGAUCAAAGAUGGUCGAGUGAUUGGAGGAAUCUGCUUCCGGAUGUUUCCAUCGCAGGGCUUCACUGAAAUAGUUUUUUGUGCUGUAACCUCCAAUGAGCAGGUCAAGGGUUAUGGAACACACCUGAUGAACCACCUAAAAGAGUAUCACAUCAAACACGAGAUACUUAACUUCCUCACGUAUGCUGACGAGUACGCUAUUGGCUACUUCAAAAAGCAGGGAUUCUCUAAAGACAUAAAGAUUCCUAAAGCCAAGUAUGUGGGAUACAUUAAAGACUAUGAGGGAGCUACGCUCAUGGGCUGUGAACUCAACCCCAGCAUACCAUAUACAGAAUUCUCUGUCAUCAUUAAGAAACAGAAAGAGAUUAUUAAGAAGCUGAUUGAGAGGAAGCAGGCACAGAUACGCAAGGUGUAUCCUGGUCUUUCCUGUUUUAAGGAGGGCAUUCGCCAGAUUCCCAUUGAGAGCAUUCCAGGCAUACGUGAAACUGGGUGGAAACCAAUGGGGAAAAGGACUCAAAGUUUCCCAGUCCAACAUUACCCAGAGCAUCACACUGUCACCACCAGCUCAACUUCUUCCCAUAGUGCAUCCUGGUGCUAUCUCUUUACCAGUGUUAUGGCUCAUCAGUGUGCAGAUAUAAAUUGGAAACUUGUUGUUUUCACAUCUCAAAACACAGGAGAGGUGAAAGAUCCAGAUCAGUUGUGUAGCACCUUAAAAACAAUUCUGCAGCAGGUUAAGUCCCACCAGAACGCAUGGCCCUUUAUGGAACCUGUAAAGAAGAAUGAUGCACCUGGAUAUUACCAAGUCAUUCGCUUUCCUAUGGACUUGAAGACUAUGAGUGAGCGCCUGAAGAGUCGCUACUACACCACAAGGAAGCUGUUUAUGGCGGACAUGCAGCGAAUCUUCACUAACUGUCGGGAGUACAACCCACCUGAGAGCGAGUACUUCAAGUGUGCUAACCUGCUGGAGAAGUACUUCUACAUUAAGAUUAAAGAGGCUGGCCUUAUCGACAAAUAGAACCAUCUGAGGGAAUCGUCUGCACGUAUUUUUUUAAUCCAUUUCUUGCACUUUUUUCUCCAGUGGCACUUGUCAGACUUUUAAGCAUGAGCUCUUUCCAACAUGAAAAGGUUUUACACUUCAAACCUGUUCCCAUAAAAUUGGUUGUAGCACAAAAAAUGUAUGUUAGCAGCGUAGAUGAUCUGGGAGUGAUAUGUGUACCCGGGUGUAAUCUGCACAAGGACAUCUUGCUGCGUACAUUGUGCCCCUCAUGAGUCUUAAACAUUUCCCCUGCCAAAAGCAAGAUUUCACAAUAUAGGUUUGAGUGAGAGCCUAUAUAAGUAAUCUAACUUUAAAUAAUAGCUGUAUAUUUUCUAUAGUAGAGAGUUUGGCCUUGUGUAGAUGGACAUACUUUGUACAUCAUGCAAGUGACAUUACUCAAAAAGCCACAUACUUCUGCUACAUUUUCUAUGUAAAAAUCUGGACUUAUUUAAAGAUAUUGUUAUAAAUACAAGCAUUUGUAAGGUGAAGGUCCAUAAGAAAACGGGUUGUUGCUCUGCAUCAGACACAGAAGUCUUACUGUGUUUGGUCUUAACUGCUAUACAAGUGAUGAAACAAACACAACCUUGUAGUUAGGCAACAACAAAAGAAAACGUGCAAUAACUCAGAUUUGAUGUUUUGUAAAAUGUUUGUACUUUUAAAUCUUUAGAAAGAGAUGGACUUUGUAUUAUGGAAUUUUAUAGAAUUAUUAAACUUUAGAUCAAUCAAAACUCUGAGAAAUUACACUUCUGAACUUCUAGUCAUUAGUAAAUGCAAUCAAUUUAUCCAGUUACCCCGAGGUGAUGAAAUCAGAACAGGACACACAUUCAGUGAACUUCAGAAGCCACUCUCACUUUCAAGCUGGUGAUCAGUGAGAGAUUGUACAAAAUAAAAACAGGAUAUUACCCUUUUCA